AUGAAUGGUAAACUGAUUCUUUCAACUAACUUUAGUGUUGUUAUUGGAUUUCAGGAUGAUGCUGAUACGAACUUUGAAAAUUACGUUACCGUCCUUGGGAUGACGUCUGGAACUGUUAGUAUCAAAGAGCUGACUAUUCCACAGCUUCAAGAUCUUGUACGGCAAUUUGAGCAAAAAAUUCAGUUUAUAUCUGCUUCUAUACAACAACUCAAGUCUCUCCAGGCUCAGUUUGUUGCUUCCAAAAGUUGUCUGGGCGAGCUUAUCACAGAAAAACAAAAUAAAGAUAUUCUUGUCCCUUUAACUUCAACCUUGUGUGUUCCUGGGAAACUUUAUGAUCCUUCACAUGUGCUUGUGGAUAUUGGUACUGGUUACUAUGUUGAAAUGGUUUGUUGAAUCUAUAGGUGAAACUUUACAUAAUUAUUGCAGACCGUUCCAGAAGCUGAAAGUCACUUUUCCCGUCGAGUAGAAUAUAUCAAUAAACAAAUAAGGAAGAUUUUGCCUGUUCUGGAGGAGAAAACACAGGCACAUAAAUCUAUUUCAGACGUUCUGGAUGCUAAAAUUCAAGAGUUUAUCAAAGUCCGGUCAGCGGCGUGUUCUUGAAUAUUUGACGUAUGCUUUCAGGUUCCUUUUUUAAGGAUCCAUUCGCCUUACUGGUUUCUUGUAUUUACAAUGAACAUUCAUGCCUGGUUGUGUAUUCUGUUAUUGAACGUGUUUUUUGGUCCGGGACAUUCUGUCUCCCAACAAUGUCAAUAUGUGAAAAACUAAAAAUCUUGUAAAUACAUGUUCUGGUGUUCUGCCUAA